AUGGAGCAGAAGAUUCACGUUAUUGAUUGCUGUGCUCGUUUCGCAAGUUAUACAACAACAGAUCAAAUCAGAAGUCACGAACUCAAGAACCACAGUUUGCUUGGUAAGAGUCAUUCAGAUAUGUACCGCAAUGACAACGAAUACAGCAGAAAUUCCGGAAACAAAUUCAUUGAUACGUUAAAAGGUGUGUUGAUUCGAACACUUAAGUCCUUGAAUAGAUAUAACAACGAUCUUGCUAUUUAUUUUGUUCAACACCAUCCGUUUUUGGCCAAGACAUUCAACCAGCUGAGCAAUCCUUACAAAACAUAUCCUUCAAAAAAGCAACAAGAAGAAGUAUCUUCAAAAAAUAUUGGUUCGCUCAAAAAAAUGUCAAUUAGAUUAUCCGAGUUUCAAAGAAUUCCUCCAAAAAAUAAGAAAACAAGGUUAUCUGCCGGAUUUAAAUCGAAUAACGUAAAAGCCACUGAAAUUGUAGCAGAUGAUGUUAUAGUAAAACAAAACGUUCACAGAAGUACUGCAGUGUACGGUGACAAUAUCCACAAGGGUACUAAAAAAUCACCACAACAAGCCUCAUUCUCCUUCCAUAAAAAAGGACCAGGAAGUCAAUUUAAAUUUUCAAGUUGGAGAUCUGGGAAUAGCAGGCAAACAAUAUCAACCAACGCUGAUCAGCAAUUUAUAGAUUCUUAUCGACUUAGAAGACAUUACUUUCCAUCUCGACAGAUAGCACCAACAGCGCUAUCUAGACAAAUACAGACAGUCUCUAAAUCAAAGUCACACAUGCUAGCUCCUAUUGAAAAAUCAUAUUUUAAACACAAGUUUAAAUAUCCCGCAACAGUACGAUCUAGUGAAACUAGACCUGCUUUUUCAAAACCAAAUGAAAAAAAACAAAAAAACAUACCAUCAAAUAAAAAAGAAUUAGAGGAACUUUGGGAUGAUUCAUGGUCUGAUUCAGACUCAGAAUACGAGUACUAUGACGAUGAUGACAAUAUUGACAACCGGAAACCAGUGAUAAGAAGGAGUGAUAUUGAUACAGAUGAAAUACAAACCGGAAGUGACAUCGAUGCUGGAGAAAUACAAGCAGGAAUUGACAUUAAUGCAGGUGAAAUUCAAGCUGAAAGAAUGUAUGCUGAUGUUAUAAAAGCAAAUCAAAUGCAUGCACACAGGAUAAUAGCAGAUAAUGUUGUUGUUUCUGCAAAAUAUCGCGACUUGUGAUCACCGAAGAACAUGCAAUAACCGCACCUGUUGUGGAACAAAACAAAGUAUUAUAUUACUAACUACUGUCAUCAAGUCCAUCAUUCAUCUUAUAAUAAAAUAAGACAUACGA